AUGUAUGCUUGGCGAAUCUGUGAUUACACGAGAGAUCUUGUCGAUUGGAAUACAUUCGCUCAAGCAGCGCUACUAAAUGCGGAUGCAGAUCUUGCUCUUCGAAUUUUCCGCCACAUUGGUGAUGUGUCCAUGGGAUUGGCCUUGGAGGCGAUUGUGGCCAUCGAAGAGAAAACUCUACUGGCCGCACAUGUCGCCAUGCUUCUUGGAAGAUACGAUCAGGCUGAACAAUUGUUUUUGAAAAGUUCACAGCCAAAGGAAGCGCUGGCUAUGCGUCGUGAUCUCCUGGACUGGUCGAAAGCAUUGGCGUUAGCUGAACAGUUAGCACCUAAAGAAAUUCCCUACAUAUCUCGAGAAUAUGCACAACAGCUAGAAUUUAUGGGAGACUACCCCGCUGCUCUUGCACAUUACGAAAAUGGAGUGAUCGAAGACUAUGAAGAAGAAACUGAGCAGAAAAAAUUCAUUCAAGGAAACUCCUUUAUCCAUAUUUUUCAACUUUCACAGAUCCUCGAACACAAUGAAGUUUGUCGAUCUGGACUUGCGCGAAUGAAUAUACGAACUGGCGAUUUGAGAAAAGGUAUCCAGCUGGCUCGUGAUCUUCAUGGCCGAGUUGUAAAACGAGAUUGCGCGCUUAUUUUGGAGCAGAUAAAGCAAUACGGUGAAGCAGCUGAUCUAUACGAGCUUGGACAAUUUUAUGACAGAGCGGCCGCUGUAUGUCUAAAGGCGAAGGCUUGGGGUAAGGUGGGAGAACUCCUGCCAAAAGUUCGCUCUCCAAAAAUCCAUGCUCAAUACGGCAAAAUUAUGGAAGCUGAGAAGCGAUAUAAGGAAGCAGCUGUGGCUUAUCGUAAUGCACGUGACUACGACAAUCUCGUCCGUAUGUUGCUAGAUCACUUGAAUAUGGCCGAAGAAGCGGUAAAAGUCGUCCGAGAGAGCAGAAGUGUGGAGGGAGCUAAACUUGUGGCAAAGUUCUUUUCCCAACUGGGUGAUCAUGCAUCUGCCAUACGUUUCUUGGUCCUGAGCAAUUGCCAGCAAGAGGCCUUCCAACUCGCCGAGUCAACGGAUCAUAUUGCUGAUUAUGCUGACUCAAUUGAAGCGGAUGGUGCUAGCCAGGACCAAAUGGCCCAUCUAGCUGAGUAUUUCGCCAAUUCAAGCGAUAAUCACAAUGCUGGAAGAUUCUACUUGAGAGCUGGUCACUAUAGGGCGGCUUUGGAAUACCUUAUGGCAUGUGGAGAAAAUCACGAAUCGUUAGUACUUGCUAUUGAAGCGGUGGCAGCAGCUGGUGAUGAAAAGCUAACAGCGAGAUUGACGGACUAUCUUAUGGGCGAAGUGGAUGGGAUACCAAAGGAUGCCAAGUAUCUCUUUCGACUGUAUGUAGCGCUUGGUAUGACUAGAGAAGCAGCCACUACAGCUGUGGUGAUAGCACGGCAAGAACAAGAGCAUGGAUCAUAUACGGUAGCAAGAAAUGUGCUAUUAGCAAUGUACCAGGAACUCGUCGCGAAGGAAAUUAAAGUGCCUAAUGAAAUGCAGAACAGUCUAAUGAUCAUUCACUCCUACCUUAUCGUCAAGAGUCUUCUUCGACGGAAUGAGACGCUCAAAGCUGCCAGAAUGUUAAUACGAGUGAUGGGCAACAUUAGCAGGUUUCCUGCACAUGUGGUGCCAAUUUUGACAUCAACGGUGGUCGUGUGUUCGAAGGCCGGAUUGAAAGCGGCAGCUCAUCGUGCAGCUGUCACGCUUAUGCAGCCAGAAUAUCGCCAAAAGAUCGAUGCCAAGUAUAAGAAGAAAAUCGAGGUGUUUGUUAGGCACUCAGACAGAGGCGAAGAUCCUGAAGAAGCACGACUUCCAUGUCCGCAUUGCGCAUAUCCGGUACCAGAGACUAUACUUGCAUGCGAUAAUUGCAAGUCAACCAUACCUUACUGUAUAGUUACGGGUCGCCACAUAGUUGAUUCGGAUUUUGCUCAGUGCCCAUCAUGCAAUUUUCCUGGAUUUUUCUCAGAAAUGAAGAAAUUGCUUGCUCUCAACGAAAUGUGUCCCAUGUGUUCGUCACCGCUCAAUGAUACGAUACCAGGCGAUUGCGCAGCAUUUCUCCAUAAAGAUAGACAAACCGUGGAACAAACGUCUAUAAAGCCUUCGUAA